AGUGUGCAUGUGUUUUUAUCUCCCCGCCGGACCAGGCUGAUGAAUUACUCUAGGGCCGGAGACUUGAGCGAAAGUGGGCACGUUUGAAGCUGUCAGAGAAAACACACAAUUGUCUCGUGAAGUGCUUCACGACUUUGAAGUUUCCCCGAGGCAGCCGCGGGGGACCAAUUUUUCCCUGCAAGGAAAAAAGGCAAAAGAAGGCCAAAGGCUACGAAUACUGGAGCGGUUCCAACUUCCAAUUCCCCCGGGACAUUUUUUUCCACCUCAGCUUCAAGAAGGAACCACAUGUGAAGACUGAUGGGGCGAGAGCUCGGCAUUGCUCACCAGAGAAUCAACUUGGAUGGAUCACUGACAGCUACACCACUGAGGCUCCACGGCGAGACAGAGGCAAAGAACCAGAGAGAGGAAAUCUAAAUAAUCUUCAUCCAUUCUCCUUUACUUCAUCUGCCUGGACGUUCAUCUUCUGGUAACCCCCCAUAGGGCAGGAAGCGUGAAAAAUCUCACUAAUGGGUUCAUUUGCUGUCAGCUCAGCGGCGACCUGUCAUUUCCCAGGACCACUCCACUUGACACAUUUCAUAGGCGAGUAAGCUUUGCUUUGUUUCUGCCACAGGAGCUUCAGCCUCAUAUUGCUGGUUUUUAAGAAGAUCAAGACCAAGCUGAACUAUCAGCCAGCUUAAUUCCCACUGGGUGAAAAGGUCCCUUCAUUACGUUGCCUGUUGACUACAAUAUUUUCUUCGGUGAGGUCAAGCACAUGAUUUAAAACCCAGGAACACUUGCUCUGUAUUUCUGACCAAGAACUUCCAGCAGUGGGAACAACAAGGGGAGACUUUCACCGGAUAGCAGUGUUCAGACUGGUGGGGUGAAGAUGCGGUUCUGGCUGUUAGCUGUGGUGACGGCAGUGCUCUGGAGUCAGUGCAUCCUUUUAGGAUGGGCUGAGGGCAGGAAGGCACGUAAGAAGCCGAAGGAGCUCAGUCCACAAUACACUGAAACAUUCAACACCACCAUCUCCAACAGUGAGGAACAGGAUGACAGCGUUAAGCAGGUCAGUGAGAACCAGAGAGUGGACCCUCUUGGAUCAUGGAUGGAUUUCGUGAAGAGACCCGUUGGGAAUGGAAAAUGCAAAAGGCGAAAACGACCACUGCCUGGUCCACCGGGCCCUCCCGGUCCUCCAGGGCCUCAGGGACCUCCAGGAUCUCCCGGGGCAGAGGUCACUCAAGAGGUCCUCCUGCGAGAGUUCAAAGAAAUGAUCAAAGAGGCCACAGAGAGGCGAGCUGCAGUGGACAAGCCCAACCAACCUAGUCAGCUGCCCACAACUCUUAUUACUUUAGAGGGCAUGACCUCGUUCAGAAGAAUCGAAGAAGCGUUUCACUGCAAACUCAGAGGACCUGUAGUGGUCGACAAGAAAACUCUGACAGAGCUGCAAAACUUUCAGACACCUCCUGCCAAAGGUGCCUUCCUCAGAGGGACGGGAAUGGAUCAGACCACUGGACGAUUUACAGCUCCUGUAACUGGAAUUUAUCAGUUCUCUGCCAAUGUUCAUAUUGACCACACUGAGGUGAAGAAAAAUAAGAACCAGCUGAGAGCCAGAGAUAAUGUGAGAGUUUUGAUCUGCAUUGAAUCACUCUGCCACAGAUAUACAUCACUGGAAAUGAUUGUUGGUCUUGAAAGUAACAGCAAGAUAUUUACAGUAUAUGUCCAUGGACUGCUCGAACUUCAGGCUGGGCAGUACACCUCCAUAUUUGUGGACAAUGCAGCAGGAGCAUCUAUCACAAUACAGAAUGGUUCAGAUUUCAUGGGCAUGUUGUUGGGGGUAUAGCCUCGCUUAUAUCCUAGCCUAUAUCUGGCGAGCCACAUAGGACUGCAUUGCUGCUCUUUGGACAGUCACUCAGCAUCAUAUCUCUUCAUACGAGUGCUGUUGCCUGUUUAAACUUUAUGAAAGUGCAAAGGACAUGAAAACCCACAAAGCUACUAGAGGCAAAAACAGUCGGAUGCAAUACUCAUAGACUUGACAGAGGACAGUGGAUUCAUAUCUGCCUUGACUGUGCCAUUUACAAUGAAUUUUUCCUGCGUCCUGUGUUCAUACAGAAUGAUGCCGACCAGGCCGUAUUUUGUGAUAUACAUAUAUAGAUAUAUAUUAUAUUAUAUAUAGUGCUGCUGUAUAGCUCAGUGGUAGAGCAUUGCGUUAGCAGCGCAAAAGGGCAUGGGUUCGAACCCAUAGCGAUAAAAUAUGUACGUGUUGUAAUGCAAUGCAAUGUAAGUCACUUUGGAUAAAAGUGUCUGCCAAAUGCAUAAAUGAUAUAUAAGAGAUUUUUGUACCUAGAUAUUGGUGCACAUGUCAGCGCCCUAUUCCUAGUCAAUAAUGUUUAUAUACACAAUUUGUUUUUAUAUAUGGUGAGAGGUUUCUUACAGUACAUACACCCCAAGAUGGGUUCAUCUAUAUAUGGGCUUAAAAGUCUAAUAUGUUUUGAAGGUGCAACACAAAACACACACCUUCUAUUGUGCAUACAUGACUGUAUUGUGUAUUUCUAAUUAUCAUAAGCUAGACAAAGUUUUAUUUACUAUACAGAUCCAAAAAGUGUGUUUGAAAGCUGGACUAUUCAUAAACAACAGAUUUUCCAUUACGUUUGGCCAAAAGAAGGAAUCAGGCACUUGGAAAAAGAAACAAAGAAAGAAAACAAUAAGCCCCGAGGAUCAGUCUGUUUUUAUGUCCAGUGGGUAAAACUCCCAGACAAUAAUGCUGACCCGAGUGUGUGCUUGCAAAGCUACUAUCAUGAUCCAUUAGACAUGUUAAGUUCCUGCUGAGUUUUCAUUUCGUGUACUGUUAAAUACAUCAUCUGUUUUUUUACAUCUCACACUUUUCUUGAUUUCCCCAGCUUAUUUUAAAAGUGAUUUCAUCUUUAAGAUGCACAUAUAUCCGCAUGUACAAUUAAAAAAUAUAUAUACAGAUUAUUUAUGUUUAAAUGUAUCUGCCAAUUAAAAUAGAUUUAUUUUUUUUAAACUAGUUUAGGCUUCCAAUAGAUCUCAAUACAAGUGAAUAUAUAUGAAGCAAGACAGCUUAAACCUUUGCUUUCCAGUAUCUUGUAUUGUGGUGUAAUGGAAAUAAACUGUAUUCAAUAAAUAUAAAGGAUAUCUAUUUA